CUACCCAACGUGUCGGCAAGAACAUCCCAGGAAUCAAGAUUUAAAGAAUAAAGUGAAGAAGUCAAACCUCACCACCCUCCAUAGACCAUACCCAAAAGCUCAAACACAAGAGUUCAUGUCCAUUAUACUGCCCAUCUAUACAAACUGAUAAAGUUCCAAGCUUUUCUUCACCCAUUGUUUGAUCGUUGUACGCUUAAUUAUUUGUGAGUAGGGAAGAAAGUUCAGUACUCCUUGGCUUCUUCCAGAUUCUUAGAUUGAUUCUUCGAGGAAAACCCAUAUUGAAAUUUUUUUUAUGGGUAAAGGAGGAGGUUGUAUACCGAGCAAGAAAAGAGUUCCUGAUGAAGAUCCUCCAGACCCAGCAAGGGAUCAACCUAUUGAUACCCAGAACCAAACCCCAAUCCAAAACGGCACCCAAAUUACAACCAAGAAGCUUAAGAUCUUCAUAAUCUUCUACUCAAUGUAUGGCCAUGUGGAAAUUAUGGCAAAAAGAAUCAGGAAAGGCUUGAACUCCAUUGAUGGGGUUGAAGGUGUUCUAUAUAGGGUCCCAGAGACCCUGCCAGUGGAUGUCUUGGAGCAGAUGAGAGUUCCACCAAAGGGAAAUGAAGUGCCUGUGAUAUCUGUGGAUGAUUUGGUAAAUGCCAAUGGGUUCUUGUUUGGUUUCCCUGCAAGGUAUGGGACUAUGGCAGCACAGAUGAAGGCUUUUUUUGACUCCACCGAACAGUUGUGGAGGGAGCAGAAGCUUGCUGGCGUGCCCGCUGGGUUCUUUGUGAGUACAGGGACACAGGGAGGUGGCCAAGAGACUACUGUCUAUACAGCAAUAACGCAGCUGGUGCACCAUGGAAUGAUUUAUGUUCCGAUCGGUUACACCUUUGAUGCUGGAAUGUUCAAAAUGGAUUCUAUCCGAGGAGGGUCUCCGUAUGGUGCAGGAGUAUUUUCUGGUGAUGGCACAAGAGAACCAAGUGAAACAGAGCUGGCUCUUGCUGAACACCAAGGAAAAUACAUGGCUUCAAUGGUGAAGAGGUUUGUCCAGCCUUUUUGACCUCUCUUGCUGUAGAUGAUGCAUUUGUUUUGUUUUUUGAUGAUUCUUUUCUCUAUGUUGAUGAUAAGUUUGUUCACUGUUUGAUAUCAUUGUC